UUGGUUCCUAUGUUAGUGUAGGGAGCAGCUGUGGAGCACGUCUGUUAAAAUAUUUAAAACAAAAAUGUUGCCAUUCCAAAUGAAACAGUUUUCGUUUUUUUAGGUUGGAAAUAUAGCUUUAUUGUUGUGAGACCGCGUGGGCGCGCCUGAAUGAUAUUGCGCGCGGCCCAUCAUCGCAAACUCCGACCGACGCACAGCGGCUCCUCACACAGCAUCACUACAGCAGCACAGGGUUCAACUCACAGGUUCUCCACUCCGCUGUUGUUUAAAAAACAGAAGUAUUUGGGUUUUUUUGGAGUAAAAUCAAGAGCUCCAAGUGGAUCACCGGGAAAAGAAUUCAAACACACCGGUGGGAUUAACGGGAUUUGUAGUCUACUUGGAGCGAGGAUGUGUGGUAUGGACGUGGACUUGGACGAAGGCGGUUCAGGCCAGGAGGAGAAAGAGGAGGAGUUCUGGAUCGGGGAAGGGGUGAAGAUGCUGCCCCCUCCCGUGGCCCACAGCGGAGGCAGUGCAUGGGGCAGCCGCAGGGGCAGAUGUGGCUGUGUGGCCUGCGGGGCAGCUCUCAUCCUCUGGGACCUGUGUGUUAUUCUAGCCAGCGCCCUGCUCCUGGCUCUGGUCUUCUCUGUGGUGCUGCUCCCUGCAAUGCUACUGCUGUACGUCGGUUUUCUCUGCCACUCCAGGGUCAUCGAUGCCCCCUCUGCCAUCUGCCGAUACCUUGACGACAACAGCUGCUCCGCCCUUAUCAUCCUGGGUUUCGUGAUGAUGUCACCGCUCGUGGUAGUGGCAGCCGCCGUCUUCUGCGGGCUGCUCCGACGGUUUCGACUCCUGCUUCUAAUUCAGCCAAUCACACGUGCCUGGUACCGAGGGCGGCUGUUGGACUGGGUGGGCAGUGUACACAACUGGGUCUGAUUGAGAUGAAGCAGGAGGCGCUGAUGGUCAGAUAUACUCUCUAUAACAGUCAGGGGGAUCAGAAAGUUAAUUAGUGUAAAAUCAAUCAGAGAGAUAAAGGGGUUAGACAAAAUAACAAUAACAGUUAGUCAGAUCUCUUUUAAAUUGGUGGUAUUUGGAAAAAAGGCUUUUGGUCAGCAGGAGAUUUCUUAGUUGCACUACCAAUAAUUGACCACCAGGACAAAACGGUUGCAAGGCUAAGUGGCAGCGCUGUAGGUAAGGUUGCUUUCAUAUGUGAGCACCUUGUCCCGUUUUAACUGAACUGGUUUGGUUUGUUUGGUGUGGUGUGAAAGCUCAUUCGAACUUAGCAGCGGACCAAACAACUGAACUCUGGAAACGAGGGUCUCGGUUCGCUUCCAAGUGCUCUAGAGAUCGGUUCACUCUAGAUGAGAACAAUACAGGAAGUGAACCAAAAACAGCAUUUACUGGUAGAAACUUCAACUUUGCUCACAAUUUACAGACUUAUAUAAGAUUGCUAACGUUAGCUCCAAAUGCCAUUCAAGUGACAGCCUUUGUUGUGUUUAAUUGCUAACUUAUAGCCACCAGUAAAAGAACUCGGUUAAGUACUGUAGGUCCAUUUUAACUGUAUUGACAUUACAGAAAUCUCUUGUUAGCAUCUUGUGUGCUACUUGUUGCAAAGUGACGCAUUUGCACUCAACUCACAUUGGGCAGUGACAAACCCAACCAAAUGAAAAAUGCAACAAUGUUGCAACCUCAGCCCCAAAUUGCACAGAGUCUACCGAACUGGGGGUGAAAUUGGCAAAAUAUGGUCCUUGAGACACCUACCAUAGCAAGAAAUACGACGGAUUUGAGUACUUUGCCAUGUCACUUUGUCACUUUAAUGGCGUCACAACCAUGUAAGAUGCAGUCUCGAAACUUUGCGUAGUUGAGAUCAAAAUGAAGGCUGAGUUCAAAGAUAGGUGUGGUCCAAACAAGGGCGCCAACAGGGGGGUAGAAAGUAUAGUACACUAUCGCACCCAGCCCUCAAACUCUCAGAAAGAAAGCAAAUGAGUGUAUUUUCUAAAAUGUCUAGGUGUCUCCAUUAUUUUGUCUACCCCUUCUACAUUUACAGUGAUUUUGUGACUUGUUGAGAACAAGAAAAUAUGAUUGGGCUUAAGUUCAUUGAAGCAAUUUCCACCUCUGUCUUUUUUAUCUUUGUUUUAGAAACUGAAUACUUUUCAAUAAUUCGUGGCGUAAUGUCUUUGGACUCUAACCUCACACACAGAGAUCACAAAACAUACUCUGCACUCAUUUGAUCCACAAUGGAAGGAAGGCAAUGCAUCUUGGCACAGUUCAGAAAAACAAAUUCUCAAAUCGUGGUUUGUAAAAUAAAGGAUAAUUGUUGAAGUUUCAUAUUGCAAUAUUACAAUGGCUUUAAUACAAGCAAUACUCAAAGGAAUUGUUUUCUUUUGACUCAGUAGCAGUUUCAAGAGAGUAACAUAUCACAAGCUGGUUUAUCAUGGCAGUAUUAAAUUAGAAUUUGUGUAUAUAACUAAUAUUUUUGUCAUUGUGCAUUGCCUGUUUGCUAACUAUGUUGACAUGGUGACAUGUGGGACUUUUUCAGAAAUAUAUUGCUAUGAAGACAUUUGUGGUUGUACAUUAGAAGUCUAGCGAAAAGUCAGAACAUUAGAUUCAUUGUUUUGAGUUCAACUCGGUCCAGUAUGUUGGGCUUCAUAAAGAAAGGGGUAAAACAGGGUCAAUAAUGUAACAUUUACGAUUAAAAAUCAGCAUACAAUAACUUUAAAAUCGUCUGUGAGGUGAACUAAAUGUUUAACUGAUGUAGCAUCAUUAGCAGUCACGUUUUGGUCUUAUAUAUGGCGCAUAUUUUAUCUAAGUGGAACUUUUAGAUCAUAUUGUGCCAUAAUAAAACACACACUUUAUUAUAAAAAAGUAGAAGUAGUAAGUUGGCAGUCUGAUAAAGUAAUUGCUGUUCAGAAGCCAGGUGAAGUGGUGAAGUUGAAAUGGGAUAUAAAUCCCCAGACCAGGAGCUCAUUCUGCUGCCUCUUCAUUUAUUGUACUGUACCAGCAUUGUCAUACUGAAAUGUAUUUAUUUUCUAUUUAAACAUAGUUAUUUGCAUGUUUGUGUCAGGAAUUGAUCAUGUCAGUUCUAGUAGUAUGGAAGCCUAUUAUUAAAAGUUUUUGAAAGAUUACAGCAUUUAUUUAUGGUUUAGCUUUUCAUUUCAGUGUUACCAACCAAACAGCAACUCAUUGUUAUGUUCAACAAUAAAAAUCGGGCAUUUUUUCACCCUCCGUUUA